ACAGAGCCAGGCUGCUGCACACAGACACCGGAUUCUGAUGAAACAUUAUCACAUAAAUUGAAGUAAUUCACAGAUGAAAUGGAGCCGGUUUUCCUGAGGUUUCACUCGUUUGACUUUGAGUCUGAUCAGAGGUUUCAGGAGGGACUGAAGGAUUUAAAUAAAACCUGCAGAGAGGAGAAACUGCUGCAGCUGAAACUCUUCUUCUACAACAGGUUUGUGGAGCCCAUCGACCGGACGAGAUACAGAGAGUGGAGGAAACACCAGGACUCUGAGAACAGCGAGGAGCAGAGAGGAGGAACAUCUGCAGGAACAUCUACUGGAACAUCAGGAGAAACAUCUGGAGAACCUACAGGAACAUCUACUACAGGAACAUCUACUACAGGAACAUCCACAGGAACUUCUACAGGAACACCUGGAGAACCUAGAGAAACAUAUACAGGAACAUCUGCAGAACUAAGAGAAAGGUCCACAGGAACAUCUGCAGAACUAAGAGAAAGGUCCACAGGAACAUCUGCAGAACUAAGAGAAAGGUCCACAGGAACAUCUGCAGAACUAAGAGAAAGGUCCACAGGAACAUCUGCAGAACUAAGAGAAAGAUCCACAGGAACAUCUGGAGAACCAAGAGAAAGAUCCACAGGAACAUCUGGAGAACCAGGAGAAAGAUCCACAGAAACAUCUGGACCGAAGGAGGAGAAGCAGCUCUCCUUUGCCGAGGUGAUGCGAUUCGUUCAGGCGGGACAGGAAGUGCCCGGAGCCGCCAACCUGGAAAUAAAACCAACGAACAAGAGUCCCACUGCCUCUCAGAUGGAGAGGAGGCUCAAACCCUGGGAGACGUAAACAGUUUGAGUGACUUUGAACUUUAAAAUCAGUAUUUUUGUUAUGAAGCGUGAACUUCUCCGACUCAAUGACAUGUAAAUAGAGAUCAGUAACCAGGUAAAUGUCACCUCAGAAUAAUUAUUUACUGACUAAUAAUUGAGCUUCUACUUUCCAUUUGUAUUUUACACGAGUGUGUCUGUCUCAUGCAACCUUAUAUUUCUACAUUGAAGAGAAAAUAAAGCAAAUAAACUGACAAAGGCACAGAAAAUGACUAGAAAAUAACACAAAAUGACUAUUCAGAGACCAAAUGACCCGUUAGACGCUUCAAACAAACGCGUUUCCCUUCAAUCAUGCUUCCAUCUUAAACACUUGCAGGUGUGACUCAUGGAUGUUUAAUAAGAACUGGAUACAACGUCAGAGGCGGGGUCUCGUUCUUGCCUAUGAGAGCUGCUCA